AUGGACGAGACGAGGGAAGAAGAGCAGUUGCCGAAAAAAAAGGGACUCGGCUCCAGGCACGUGCAAGUGCUCAUGCUGUUCCUCGGCAUGGCGGUGGCCUACACGCUGCGAGUCUGCAUGUCCGUCGGCGUCGUCGCCAUGACGGCGGAAAACUCCACCCAUCCGGAUAUACCGACGUACAACUGGGGCGCCAACGUGACCGGGCCGAUCCUCAGCUCGUUCUUCUGGGGCUACCUCGUGACCCAGCUGCCGGCGGGCUACAUCGGCACGGUGGGCAGCGCCCAGAAACUCCUCUCGAUCGGCAUCGCCUGCUCGGCCCUGCUCAACAUGCUCGUGCCGGUGCUCGCCGAGCACGGCGGCUACGUGGCCGUCAUUGUCUGCCGUAUCGCCAUGGGUCUGAGCCAGGGCUGUCUGCUGCCCGCCAGUCAGACUCUGCUGUCGCGAUGGGUGCCGCUGGGCGAGAGGGCGAGACUCGGCGCCUUCGUCAUGAACGGCCCCCAGUUCGGCACGGUACUGGCGAUGCCGAUUUCCGGACUGUUGGCCGACUCGGGGGCCGGUUGGCCGGGUGUGUUUUACUUCUUUGGCGCGUUGGGACUGGCUUGGAGCGCCGCGUUCUACUGGAUCGGUGUGGAUUAUCCGUCGGAGCAUCCGAGCAUCGACUCGAGGGAGCUCGAGUACAUCAACAGUUGCACGGGAGCCAACGAUCACACAAACGUGAGUAUAAAAUCCAAAGUACCCUGGCUCAAGAUCCUCACCUCCGUGCCCAUCUGGUCGAUCAUCAUCGUCCAGAGCGGCUUCAACUGGGGCUUCUACACUCUGCUCACCGAGCUGCCCAAUUACAUGAAGUCCAUCCUCGAUUACGACCUCACCGAGACCGGCUUCGUCUCGGCCUAUCCGUAUCUCGGCAUGUGGCUCAUGGGCUUUCCCAUCAGCGUGUUCGCCGACUGGGCCAUCUGCAGGGGCGGCCUGAGCACCGCCACGACGCGCAAGAUCUGCAACACGGUGGGCCUGUGGCUGCCCGCCCUCUGUAUGGUGAUACUGUGCCUGGUGGAGACGGACGACAGCACCGUGAUCGUGGCCAUAGUCGUGCUCGCCGUGAGCUUUCAGGCAGGCGUGACGUCGGGCUUUCAGAUCAAUCACAUAGAUCUGAGUCCGAAUUUCGCCGGUACCAUGAUGUCGCUGUCCAACGGUUUCGGCAAUCUCACGGGACUGUUCGCGCCCAUCAUCUGCGGAAUCAUAACCAACAACGACGAGCACAACCCGGCCAAGUGGCACCUCGUCUUCUACAUCACGGCGGCGAUCUACUUCGUGGCGAAUCUCAUCUUCAUGAUCUUCGGCAAGGCCAGUAUACAGCCCUGGAACGAGCCGAAGAUCAAGCGCAAGCGGGAGCUCGGCCAGCUGCCGCGUCUGUCCAUCGUCUCAUUGGGCAUCGAGCCGAUCGCCCUGGCCGUGCCCGAGGACAAGAAGAAAGAAGUGGACGCGAGUCUGGCUUAG